AUGUCGACGUCAACCGCGUCGCACGUUUUCUCGGCGGACGAUGACGACGCGAGGUCGAAUUCGUCCGGCGAAAUGGACGGAUCGAUGAGCGACGACGAGGUGACGCAGCAGCGCCUGCACAGUCGCCCGCAGCUCGCGACGACGGCGGAGGAUCUCACCGCGAACCUUCCCGACGAUUGCCUCGUGCACGUGUUCCGGAAGCUCGGAACGUCGGAUCUUGCCAGAUGCUCCCUGGUGUGCAGGCGGUGGUUCAUGCUAGACGCUGAAACGAGGCCAAGCAUGUCGCUGCGCGCGACGCUGGAAGCGGCGCCGGACCUCGCGAGCCUGUUCACGCGGUUCACGGGCGUGCAGAAGCUGGUGCUGAAAUGCGAGCGUAAUGUUAUGAGUAUCGACGACGCGUCGUUGGACACGAUCGCCCGGCAGUGCGUUUAUCUGAGAAAGCUGAAGCUUAAGAACUGCCGACAGAUCACGGACGAUGGCAUGGAGAGGUUCGCCCGGGCCUGUCCGGAGCUUCGGAAGUUCUCGUGUGGGAGCUGUGGGUUCGGGCUGAGGGGGCUCAACGCCCUGCUGAACGGCUGCAUCCAUCUUGAGGACUUAACCGUGAAGAGAAGCCUCCAUCCCUCAUUGCCUAAAGACCGCGUCACGCAGAUCCCACACGUGUCGGACUCGCUCUCACCCCCGGCCAACCUCUCUCUGAAGCGCCUCUGCCUUAAGGACCAGCGCCAGUCGCACAUCUGGGUGCCGCUGCUGCAGGCCACGUCAAGGCUAGAAACCCUAAUUUUGGCACGGAAUGCGGGGCACUGGGACCAGGUGCUCGGAAGCUCUCUGGGAGAAAAGCUCACUCCGGAGCUGUCUCAGAUAUACGUGGAGAGGGUGCAGAUAACGGACAAGGGGCUGCAGUGCAUCGGGAAAUGCCCCAAGCUAGAGGCGCUGGUGGUGGUGCGCACUCCAGAGUGCACAGAUGCAGGCAUGGCGGCUGUAGCGGCCGGCUGUAGCGGGCUAAAGAGGCUGCAUGUGGAGGGGUGGGCGCCGGGGCAUCUGGGAGACCCGGGGCUGUCUGCGAUCGCCAGACACUGCCGGCAGCUACAGGAGUUGCUGCUGGUAUCCCAUGCCUGCACCGUCUCCUCUCUUCAACUGCUAGCUUCCAACUGCCCUUCCUUAGAGCGCCUCACGCUCUGCUCAGGCCACAACAUGGGCGACCCUGAGCUUGCCACCCUCGCCUACUCCUGCUCCAACCUGCGCCGCCUCUGCGUGAAAGCCUGUAACAAGGUUACCGACCUCGGGAUUUACGCGCUCGCGAACGGGUGCCCGAGCCUGCAGAGGCUGAAGGUGAGGCGGUGUCCGGCGGUUUCGGCGCAUUCGCUGAGUGUGUUGCAGGAGCAGAGGCCUACGCUGGUGAUUACGCAGGAGAGGAGUCGGGGUGGGGUGGGGAGAGGAGGGGAGAGAGGGGAAGGGAGGGAGGGCGGUGGGGGAAGGAGGGAGGGUGGAGGACGGGGAGAGGGAGGGGUUGUGGGGGGUGGUGGUGCUGGUGGUGCUGGUGGUGAUGGUGAUGGUGCAGAUGGAGGCGGUGUUGGUGGAGGCGCAGGUGGUGGUGGGGGUGGUGGUUUGGGUGGGUUGCUGGGUGAUGGCCCUCCCCUUCCUCACCUCGUGGAGGUUCGGGAAUGGAAGGAGGUUCAGGUAUGGGAACUGCAGGUCCGGGAACGGCUGUAG